AUGUCCAAACGCGCCAGACGAGACUCACAGUCUGAUGAACACCGCACAUCUCCUACCGACGAAUCGCUCGCUCACAACAUACAGCCACCCGGCAAGUAUACACAUCUGGAUGCUUCACCUUCAAACAUCGCAAACACGGCCAUAACAUGUGCUCUGCCUCCUCACGAUCCCAUCAGAUUCGCCACGUAUAAUGAUUAUGAACUUCACUAUUACAAGUCACACGUUUUCAGAUGCCUAGAAUGCACCAAAAAUUUCCCUACCGAUCAUUUUCUCUCACUGCACAUCGCCGAAAGCCACGACCCUCUCAAUCGUGUCAAAAGAGACAGAGGCGAANAAACAUAUCACUGCUUUGUUGAGGACUGCGAAAAGGUCUGCAGUACUCCCCAGAAACGGUGUAUGCAUUUGGUCGACAAGCACAUGUUUCCGCGCAACUACGAUUUUCACAUUGUAAAUCAUGGCUCUGACAACCGCACUUCGUUGCUGAUACUAGAGGGCAAGAGCUUUCAAAAGCGAUCCAAGGCUCCGCGCGACCAGAGUGUCAUCGAAGAGGAUGCCACUGGCGUUCAUGCAUCCGAUCUUAUGGAGACUGGGGAGAAAGUUGUUGACAAUCUUCACCAAUCGACAAAGGAUAAAUCCAUGGACGACAUUGUCGAUUCCAUGGCUGCACUCAAGUUCGUGCCGAAAUCCGUUACUUUUGGAAGAACCCGCCAACGAGGAGGCUUCUCAAAAUCUUGA